AUCCAAAGAUCAUAUAUGGAGACAGAUGUGUCUGAAGAGACCACCAAUACUACCACUAAAUUGAUAAUAAUGUUGAGGACAUCGGAGACGACGGCAAUCAGAGCCCAGAGUAGAGACAGACAUACGUUUGAAUACAAUGUGAUUCAUAUCAUUAUAUUUAACUUAAAUCCCGUCGACUUUUUUAUGAGAGGCUUUUGGCGUUCAAUACCGGCUAUGAAUAGCAUUAUUCUUAACUGCAUUUCAUGUAACAAAAAACGGAAAGCAAAGUCGAGUCCCAAAAGUCGUGUUCACUAUCUGUCGGUCAAUUCUCCGUCUCCACAGUUGACGGCCUCGUCGUCCAACUCCUCCACCUCUUCGUCGUCUUCAUCGCCGCCGACCAACUCGUCGUCGGUCUCCUCUACGCCAUCGCUACCGAUGGCGCCCAACGAGAGCUCAGUAGUGGUAACACAUCAGCCGUCGGCUCCCAGUCCUGGACUCGUGCUGUUCAACAGCGAAGAGCAGUCGGAUAUAGUGUUUCUGGUGGGCGAAGACGAGGCCAACAUUUGGCGAUUCCCCGCGCAUUCGUUUAUCGUUGAAAACGCCAGUCCUAUCUUCAAAGCCAUCGUCGACAGCACCGACCGGGAGAACUGA